AUGGAUGAUGCCGACGAUGGAUUCGUAUAUGAUAAUUUGGGAACUAAAAAAGGGAUUACAUACUACAGGUGUGCUAAAAGAGGAGGUUAUUUUUGCGAGGGGUCUAGAAAAAAAUUGGCAAAUGGAACAUAUGUAAUAACUCAACCACACAACGGCCACCCAUGUCAGAAUGCCAAUGAGUCUUUGGUAAAAACGUUCAGGGAUAUUUUAAAAAGAAGAGCUACUGCCGAAAAUACUUCAUUUAAGUCAAUUUACGACGAUGAAGCUAGAAGAAAUCCUGAAGCUGCUGGGAUUUAUCCUUAUUCUACGGGUGAAGGCGUAAUGAGACUUGCCAGAAAAAAUUCUCUGCCACCAGUGCCUCCUUCAUUGGCCGACUUAGCCAAUUUGUUUGAUUUGGGAAGUUUAACCCAAUAUUCCUGCUGUGGCGAGUCACUGUUCAAGGGUUAUGUGGGCGAUAUCGAUGGGCGAGGAGCCAUGAUAUUUGCGUGCACAACCUUGAUACAGUUGGUAGAAAGAAAUAAUGUGGAAGAAAUGCACAUAGACGCCACAUUCAAAAUAGUGCCAUCAAAUAUGGGCAGACAAAUGCUGAGCAUUCAUUGUAUGAUUGGGAACCAUUCCAUACCAAUUGUGUAUUGCUUAAUGGAGGCCAAGUCGAGAAAUGCCUACAACUGUGUUUUCGAUUUUUUAAAACUAAACCUACUGGCAAAUAUAAAUCCUAAUAUCAUCAUAACUGAUUAUGAGACAGCACUACGAGAUACUCUUGCAUUUUAUUUUCCGAAUUCACGUGCCGUAGGUUGUUGGUUUCACCAUAAUAACGCAGUUUGGAAAAAUAUGAAAAAAAAGGGUUUUUACAGUUAA